CAUCUCGUUUCCAAACGCUUCUCGUAGUGCCUCCAGAAUGCCACGUCGGUUGUUCUAAAAAGACCGCGUCGUUGGAUGCUAAUUGUUUCAUUGUGUGACAUGAACUCGUUCUGAUACGAAAUCUGCUGAAGACGAAAGUGUGGGAAUGAUCAACUCCGCCUUCCUGUCUUUGCUAGUGGCGAACGAUAAUGCCUCCUGUCUUUGAUGGUCAGCCGAUUCCUGCUCUUCGUUCCCAAUAGGGAAUAGCUUAUGAUAUCGUAUCCAACCAUGGACCAUGGAAAACGUCCGGUAGUCCCAUGUGACUGACGGGCCGUUGAGAAACGACUCUAUCGACAAAGGGUCGCCCUCUCAAUUCCCAGAUGUGUUCAAUAUUGUGGUGAUCGUUAGCCGGCCAGCUCAAAAUCCCGUGGUUGAAAGAAGAAAAGCGCCAAAGCGAGGAAGAACACGGGAAAAGGUUCCCUUAUAAAGGGAAUUGCAACGCAACUCCAUUUCAGUUCGUCUCCGAGUUUUCACCCGUUAACAUUUCUUCCAUUGGCCAAUCUUCGACAAAGUAUCAGGCAACAUGUGUGGAAUCUUCGCUUACCUAAAUUAUCUGACUCCUAAGACUCAACAAGAGAUCUUAGACUUCCUCAUCACCGGUUUGAAACGGCUGGAAUAUCGAGGAUAUGACAGUGCAGGAGUCGGAGUGGAUGGCUGUGACACUAAUGCCCAUAUUGAAUUGAUCCGCCAACAAGGCCCCGUGGACUUGUUGAAGGAGAAAAUCGAGGGAAUGAAGGAGUCCCUUCAGUUCGACCAGGUCCGAGAUGUUCAUGUUGGUAUUGCUCACACCCGCUGGGCUACCCACGGUGUUCCAUCGGAGGUGAACUCCCAUCCCCAGACCUCAGAUGACACCAACAAGUUCAUUGUGGUCCAUAAUGGAAUCAUCACCAAUCACGAUGCCAUCAAGACGUUUCUGAAGACCAAGGGAUACAAGUUCAUCUCGGAAACGGAUACGGAAGUUAUCGCCAAGUUGAUUCACCAUGUUCAUGAGCAAAACCCCAAUGUGAACUUCAGGGAGCUGGUGGAGAAGGCCAUCCGUCAACUCGAAGGAGCCUUUGCUUGCUGCUUCAAGUCCUCGGUGUUCCCUGGCGAAUGCGUGGCUGCUCGUCGUGGCAGUCCAUUGCUCGUGGCCAUCAAGUCUCAAUUUGAGUUGAACGCCGACUAUGUCCCAGUUCAAUACAGCGCUGAAGACCCCAACCAAAACAUGAAGUUUCAUAGCCACGGAACUGAAUCCCCGGUUGUUCAACGGAAGAAAUCAACCGCUUUCCGAGUUGACUCCGGUAAAGGAUCCACCUCUCAGAUCUCACCCUGCAACCCAGGUGAUCCAGUCGAAUAUUUCUUCUCCAGCGAUGCUAGCGCUGUGGUUGAGAGGACCAAUCGUGUCAUCUACUUGGAGGAUGAUGAUGUGGCCGCGGUCAAGAAGGGAGUUCUUUCCAUCCACAGGAUUUCCAGAUCCCUGGAUGAUGAACCCAACGAAACCGUUCUUCGCGAGAUUCUCAAACUCACGACUGAGAUUCAAGAGAUCAUGAAGGGGAGCUACUCGAGCUUCAUGCAAAAGGAAAUCUUCGAGCAACCCGAAUCUGUGGUGAACACAAUGAGAGGCCGUAUUUGUCAACAGACUAAAGUCGUGACCCUCGGAGGCAUUAAGGACUUCAUUCCCGAGAUCAGCCGAUGCCGGCGAUUGAUGCUCCUCGGAUGCGGCACGUCGUACCAUUCGGCGUUGGCCAGUCGACAGCUUCUGGAAGAGUUGACUGAACUGCCCGUCAUGGUUGAAUUGGCAUCAGACUUUUUGGAUCGGUACACCCCUAUCUUUAGGGAUGAUGUAUGCUUUUUCAUCUCUCAAUCUGGAGAGACGGCGGAUACCUUGAACGCUUUGCGCUAUUGUAAGAAGCGGGGUGCCUUGAUUGUGGGAGUGACCAACACCGUUGGAUCUUCCAUUUCUCGCGAAACCCAUUGUGGUAUCCACAUCAACGCUGGACCCGAGAUUGGAGUGGCUUCCACCAAAGCUUAUACCUCCCAAAUUUUGUCCUUGGCCAUGUUUGGAUUGGUCAUGGCGCGAGACAGAAUUUCAGCUCAGAAGCGAUGCACUGAAAUCAUCAACGAACUGGGACGAUUGCCCGAGCUCAUCCAAAAGGUGUUGCAACAAGAUCAAAAGAUCUUGGAAAUUGCCAAGAAGCUGUACGAAAAGCGAUCUCUUCUAAUCAUGGGACGUGGGUACAAUUUUGCCACUUGCCUGGAAGGUGCCCUUAAAGUCAAGGAGUUGACUUAUAUGCACAGCGAAGGUAUUCAGUCUGGAGAGCUUAAGCACGGACCUUUGGCCUUGGUUGACUCCACAGUCCCAAUUGUGAUGAUCAUCACGAGAGAUCAGGUCUACGAGAAGUGCCUUAACGCUUUGGCUCAAGUGAUCGCCCGAGGAGGCAACCCCGUUCUCAUCUGUCAAGAAGGCGACAAGGAAAUCCUGGCCCGGGCUAAGGAUGAUAUGUUCAUCGAGGUUCCCGCCUCCGUUGAUGCACUUCAGAGUAUUCUCACCGUAAUUCCAUUCCAAUUGCUCAGCUACCACUUGGCUGUCCUGAGAGGAUGCAACGUGGACUGCCCAAGAAACUUGGCCAAAUCCGUGACCGUGGAGUGAUCACACACAUUCCUUACAUUAUUUCAAGUAGGGAAUUGUUGUUCAGUAUUUCCUCGAGUGCCUUAUUUUUUCCUGUACAUAGCACAACCAUGCAGUUACUUCUCUUUGUAUUGCAUUUUGUACAACUCACUUAACGGUCUUGAAAUAUAAUUUUGUAAUAGCCAAA